AUGAAUUCAACGAAAGAACUCAUUUUAAAUCAUCCACUUUUUCCACUAUUAACAAUCGUUUUUCAUAAAUGUGAAUUAGCAACUGUUGCUCCUUAUGCACUCGAUUCAUUCAAUAAAGAUAUCAUUGAAUUUAUCAAACAGCUAAACAAAGAACAUUUCCGACAUUAUGUAUCAAAUGAUGAAAUCGACGAUUUCAUUAUACAAGUCAUUCAGGUUUUACGAUUUCAUCUACUGGAAAUAGACAAAGUGCAUGAGUUGUGUGACAAUUUCUGUCAAAGAUACAUUGACUUGUUAAAAGAUAAAAUGCGUUUAGAUUUUCCUUCGGAGGAUUAUAAAUCAGACGAGGAAGAAGAAGACGACGAUGACGAAGAAGAAGAAGAAGAAGCAGAGCAUUUAAGAAUCAAAGAAGAUAUCAAACCAUUUCGUUCACUGUCUGAAAGUAGUGAAAAUUUCGAGCGAGAUACCUACAAUCAACCAGUACGAGUACCAUUUCGUCAAAAGAAACGAGGCAUAUUUCCAAAAUCAGCUACUUCACUGAUGCGGACUUGGUUAUUUCAACAUUUAAAUCAUCCAUAUCCAUCGGAAGAAGAAAAACAGUUUCUCGCACAAGAGACGAAUCUUAACAUCAUUCAAGUUAAUAACUGGUUUAUCAACGCUCGACGACGAAUUGUACAACCAAUGGUUGACCAAUCGAAUCGAGCUGCAGCAAUGAUGGGAACAGAAUAUCGCGAUUUGAUGGUUAAUAGUUCCUAUCCUGUAAUCGAUCCGGAUCACAUCUUACACACGAUUUCACCAAAUAUGUUUAACGACAUGACAGCAGCUUAUUACCCAUCAUUGGAUCAAUCAACUGCAUACCUUUCGACGAACACUUCCAGUGAUCAACGUUCAAUAUCGCUGCCAAUGCAAUACGAGGUCUUACCCUGA